UCAGCCAAAGUUUGCAACGCCAAAACAAUAACAAAACUCAAAUUUUUAGAUUAGCCAGCCAACUGCAACCGAUACAAACAUUUUACGAAUAAAUAAACUAAAAACAAAACAAAUUCAAGCACAACCAAAUCCACAGCACAACGUGACAAACAGUAAAAACUCAGACCGUUAUUAAAUAAAUUCAAAUAUGUAUGUAUAGCUGCGCUCUCUUUCCCUCCACUAUCUUUUGUCUGUCGAUAAGAAUGCAGAAGAACUUUAAGUAGUUACAAUUUAACAAUAACAAAGCACGCACACAUCUCAAAUAACGGCAUCCAAAGCUUCGCUGUUAACUCCCGCGGAGAGCAAAACUUAAGAGUGGCAACGCCAAAGGCAUUGCAGAGCAUUAGGGAAUGGCAGAGAGCACGUUAAAUGCUGAGCGCGCGCAAAGAUAAAAACAGUAGCAGCAACGGCAACGGUAACAGCGACGUCGGCGGCGACAGCGACUGCUCUAAGGCUCGCAUAACUCGCAACGGCACCGAGCGCGACACUUCGGCAACGCAUAACAGACAAAUCGACGAUUCUGACUCCCUCCCGCCUACGACUGCUGGCGGAGUCGAGCGAGUGAGCGAGUGAGCGAGCGGGCGUGCAAGUGAAAAAAAAAAAAUAGAAAAGAAACACAGAACGAAAUUCAAAUUGAAGUAAAACAAAAAGAAAAGAACAUUUGCUUGAAAUUCUGUCAAGUAAGCAGCAAGGCAAAAGAAAAGUGUGUGCGCUUAGCAAGGCAAACUAACGGCUUAACGCAAGCAACUACAAAUUAGCUACAGCAAAACACAAUUAUGGUGGACAGCAAUAGCAAUACUAAUACAGGGUCGGCGGCAGCUGGCGUUGGCAACUCGGCGGCGCGCCUGCGCAAAUUCGAGCGCACGGAAAGCGAACUGGCAUGUGAGGAGGCGGCACGGCUAACCGCCGAACAGAACGACAACAGUCCCGAGGAUGACAACGACGAGGAGGACGACGACGACGGCGGCGAUGACGAGGACGAGGUUAGCGUCUACGGCGAACUGCCGCCGCCGCCGGACGGCGGCUAUGGCUGGGUCAUAUGCUUCGCCAGCUUCAUGUGCAACAUGAUCGUCGAUGGCAUCGCCUACACUUUCGGCAUCUUCCUGGAGCAGUUUGUCAGCUAUUUUCACGAGGGCAAAGGCACCGUCGCCUGGGUGGGCAGUCUGCUGUCGGGCGUCUAUCUUAGCGCCGGGCCCAUCGUCUCCGCCCUGGCCAAUAAGUACGGCUGCCGAGCCGUAUGCAUCGCCGGCAGCGUGGUUGCCUGCAUCGCCUUCGUCCUGAGCACGUUCAGCGGAUCUGUGGGCAUGCUUAUGGCCACUUACGGCUUCAUGGGUGGGUUCGGCUUCGGCAUGAUCUAUUUGCCCGCUGUCGUGGCCGUGGGCUACUAUUUCGAGACGAAGCGCUCCCUGGCCACGGGCAUAGCUGUGUGCGGCUCCGGCUUUGGCACGUUCGCCUUUGCUCCGCUGGCCACCUACUUGCUGGAGGAGUACGGCUGGAAGAAUGCGCUGCUCAUUUUCGCUGGCCUGAUCCUAAACUGUGCCAUCUUCGGCGCCAUGAUGCGUCCACUCACCUAUCCCAAGAAGAAGAAGGUCAAGCCCCUGAUGCAGCGCAUGUACGAGGAGAAGCAGAUGCAACUCGAGCGCGGCUCGUUUGCCGGAUCCCAUUUCAUGGUCCAGCUGCCGGAUGGCACCAUGGAGCGCAAGCUGAAGAUGCCCUUGAAUGCCGACCCAGGCGUGCAUUCCAGCCUCAAUCUCGAGCUGCUGGCCCAGCAAUCUGGCGGUCUGCAUCCGGUCUCAACGUUGCCCACCAUCACCGAGUCCAAGGUCGUGGAAAUUAAUGCUCAGUCCCCUCCACACAAUGGCAACGCCGAUAGCAAUGGUCAACUAUCCACGCGCUCGGGUCGUCGCUCGCAGCGCAACUCGGAGAGUGAGCACAGUCCGUACCAUUCGCAGGAUGCGAUGAUCCGCAACGCCUCCCAGCCCGCCUUCCUUGCUGGCGAUCACCAGAGUCUUCCCAAGAACGGAUCGGUGCCCUCCUUCAGCCGCGUGCGCAAAACAUCCGGCAGCGAACGCUAUCAGCCCUCCUUGGCGGCCAUUCGCGCCUCAUCUCGCGGCGAUAUUGAGGCGGGCGCUGGCGGUGACUUCAAUACCUCAAAGUUGUCGCUGUCCCAGCGCCAAGGCAGUUCCAGCGGCAGCGGCGGACGCAUGGUGCGUCCAAUGUCACGCAAGGACAUCUUCUACUCCGGCUCCGUCACGAAUCUGCCCCAAUAUCAGUCCCAAAAGUCGCUAACAAACUACCGCAACUCGGUGCUGUCCCUCACCAAGUACGAGAAGAGCAUGCAGAGCAUGCGUCUGGAUCCCCUGGCCGAGGCGGACAAGCAUCGCGAGGAGUAUGACCUGUGCCCCUGCCUGGGCAUUCCCGAUUCGGUCAAGUCUGUGGUGAACACCAUGCUGGAUGUGAGCCUGCUCAAGGAUCCCGUCUUCAUGCUGAUGGGCGUAUCCAACAUAUUCGGCAUGGCCGGUUUGUAUGUGCCGUUCGUGUACCUGGUGGAUGCUGCCAAGGAGCACGGCAUUGCCAAAAACGACGCCGCCAUGCUGCUCUCCAUCAUCGGCAUCACCAACACCGUGGGACGUGUCCUCUGUGGCUGGGUGGCGGAUCUGCCCCAAGUCAAUUCGCUGCUGCUCAACAACAUCUGCCUGCUCAUCUCCACAGUGGCGGUCACACUGACUCCACUCUGCUACAGCUAUAGCGCCUAUAUAGCCAUGUCCAUCGCCUUUGGAAUUGCCAUUUCUGGCUACAUCUCGCUAACGUCAAUUAUUCUGGUCGAUCUGCUGGGCCUGGACAAGCUCACCAACGCCUUCGGCCUGCUCAUAUUGUUCAGAGGAUUCGCUGCACUGCUUGGAACACCGCUGGCGGGCCUAAUCUACGACUUAACUCAGACCUACGAUCUGCCCUUCUACAUGGCGGGUGCGCUGUUUGCCGUGUCCACAGUCACCAGCUUCUUGGCGCCCUGCAUGAAGCGCUUCAGUGGCUCAGACGAGACGCCAGUGCACGCUGAGACACUGACGCCCAUCGACGAGGAGCAGGGCGAGGAUGCCGAGGACGAGGACGAGGAUCAGCCAAUUACCAUAGUGCCCAAGAUCAUCAAAACUCUGCCCAGUCCACAGCAGGAGGAGCCACUGCAGCCAUUCCCCACCACGCAACAGAAGCCAGCAGCAACAACGACGGAAUCAAAGCUCUAAGCAACAAGAAUUUAGCACACAAACAAAUAAUAUAAAUAAAGCGAAGAGAGCGAACAGGAAUGUAAGAAUGAUAAAGUGUAUGAAUUAAGAGUAGAGUGCGAUAUUUUUUUAGCAACUUAUA